UGAACCGGUCAGAUUUUGACCCAGCACUCGUUGGAAAACGUAAAAAGAAAGUCAAAAGGUGUCCAAACCCAUUGUUUGUACAGUGGCUAGGCGAAUUAAAAGAAGAUGCAGCGUCUAAAAACUUAAAAAGUCAAUACACAUAUGCCAAGGCACAAAAUGCAUUAAAAAAAUAUCCAAUAGUUCUUCAAAGUGGGAAAGAGUGCAAGAUAUUAGAAGGCUUUGGUGAUAAAAUCUGUAAACUACUUGAUGACAAGUUGAGAGAGCAUAUUGAGAUCUUUGGUGGAGUUACUGUUCCUGAUGAUGAUGUCUCAGAUCAAAUUCCCACUAAGCCAAAGAAGAAAAGAAAAGACCCAUCUGCUACAUGUACUUCCACAUGUAAUCAAGGGGCACCUAUAGAUGGCAUUGAUGAUUUUGGAGCCUUAACCAUACCCAAUCCACCAAAUGAGGGCAAUAAUUUGGAUGCCCCAACACAGGAUGUUUCUUUAAACGCAAAUGGAGAUGUUGAGCACAUAGAUAUUUCAACAUGUAGUGCUUUUCCAAACACUCAACAGACUAAUCUUAGUGAAGAUUUAGUGUCUAAAAUAGAAUCUCUUGAAAUUGAAACUCGUGAUUAUGGUAAUAUAGAAGAACCUACUUCAGAUACAGCCACUACGGAUGAUUGUGCAGUUACACAUGUAGAAGCUCUUACUAGGCAACAAGACAGUUAUGGAAAUGAUGGUGGUGAUUUGCAUGAAGACUUUGAUAAUGUUAAACAAGUUAUUCCAAACGAAUUGUCAGUUGAUGACAGGAGUGAUUUUGAUCUAUCAAAAUCCAGACUAAAUAGUCAGAUUGAAACACGGAAUGAUGACAUUAGUAAAAUAGAUGAAUUAAAAAUCAGUGAAACUUCAGAUCCAAAAGAAGCAAAAAGGAACACAGACUCUGAAUUGAUAAAUGAUGCUUUAUGUCGCGGGAAAAAGGAAGCUCGAAUCAACAUUGAAUCUACAGCUCCAACUCAGACGGAAAAUACUAAGAAAUUUAAAUUUAAACCCAUUACUAAGACCUCCAGAGAGAAUUUGUUAGUGUUGGUUACCAAUAAUUCUAGUCAAAAUCAACAAAAAAUUACCUCAUUCAUAAAACCUUUAUCUGCAGUUUCACAAACUACUGAAAAUAUUAUCCCUGGUAAAAUACUCACACCAAAACCUAUUAAUGAUGCUAAAAUUGUGCAGUCGACGAUAUCAGGACGUGAAUUCACACUGCCACCUAUCAUCAGUGAACCAGCUAUGCUACCGGUUGUGGUAAACUCAGAGUAUAUUCAACUGGUGGUGUUUGACUUGGAGACGUCUGGCUUGGAUGAAUCUUGUGAGAUUAUACAGAUUGCCGCCCGAUACCCUCCCAACAAUCUAUUUAACCGAUACAUCCUCCCAACAGACCGUAUAUCCAGAGAUGCCGCCAGGGUCACAAAACUUUACCAUAAAAAAGGAAAACUUUUUCAUAACAGACAAAAAGUGCAGACUUAUACAUUUGAGACUUCAAUGCAAGAUUUUGUGGCUUGGUUACCAUUGGGUUCUGUACUAAUAGCUCAUAAUGUUUUGUUUGACAUGAGGUUUUUACUGAGUGCAAUAUGUUCGACUAACCAGGAAACGAGGUUCCGUGAAAAGGUAAAAGGAUUUGGCGAUACAUUACCAUACUUUAGAAAGCUUUACCCGAACAGAAGGAAAUACAAUCAGGAAAGCCUCAUUCGGGAUCUGAUCGGGAAGGACUAUAAUGCCCAUAAUGCAGUUGGGGAUGUCCAGGCGUUAUCUCAGCUCAUAAGUGACGUUCAAAUUCAGGAUAUCUUACCAUACACUUUCACAACAAGCUGUGCAUUUGAACUGAAGUCGUACACAAAAUCCAAACAAGAAACUGUUAAAACAUUGAAACCUCUAACCGAUGGGAAAAUAAUCAGUCAGGGCAUAGCUGAGAAAAUUGCUGGAUCAGGGUUGAAUUUGUCUGAUAUACAACAAGUGUAUGACACCUUAGGGGAGAAUGGACUGAAGCAGAUGUUCACCCAGAAAAAUAAUGGGAAGGCUAGGGUGACGAAGAACUCCAAAAUCAUAGCAUCAGUUUGCAGUUUUAUGGCAAAGAAAUGAUUUUAAUUGCUCAGAUCCUAGAAUAUAGUUGAAAUAAAUACCUGAAGUAAAAAUACCCUAUAUUGAAAAAUAUGAAUGGUUUUAAGACUUUCCAGAUAGUGAAACUAUGGUUGGAUUUUUAGAAACUAGAAACAUUCAUAUUUUUACUUACAUGAACAGUCAGACCUGUGUAAAUGGAACACUUUUAUUAUCUGUAAAAUGUUUCAUCUAACACUGAGUUAUU